GAGAGAGAGGUUCGCGCGCGCUUUGGGCCUGCUUGGGAUUCUGGGCCUUGCGCGUGCGGCUCUUUCUCUCCGGUUCUCUCUGUGUCGCUCCUGAAAAUAUGUCGGAAGGAGUGGACCUCAUAGAUAUCUACGCUGACGAGGAGUUCAAUCAGGACUCUGAGUUUAGUAAUGCUGACCAGAUGGAUCUAUAUGACGACGUGCUAGCUGCCAGCUCACAACCUUCUGAAAGUUGCACUAGCAGCUCUGAGCCACCACCUGAAAGCCGCCAAGAGCAGUCUCCCAAGCCAAACAGUAAAUCACCCGCUAUCCUGUAUACCUAUAGCGGGCUACGUAAUAAGAGAGCUGCUGUUUAUGUGGGCAGCUUCUCUUGGUGGACAACUGACCAGCAGCUGACUCGAAUCAUCCGCUCUGUGGGUGUUUAUGAUGUGGUGGAACUCAAGUUUGCUGAGAACAGAGCUAAUGGCCAGUCCAAAGGGUAUGCAGAAGUGGUGGUUGCCUCAGAGAACUCUGUCCACAAACUUCUGGAGCUGCUACCAGGCAAGAUUCUCAAUGGAGAUAAGAUGGAAGUGAAGUUGGCUACCCGGCAGAACCUUGCACAGUUUGAGGCACAGGCUCGAAAACGGGUGCCUCCGAGGGCUCACUCAAGGGAUUCCUCGGACUCAGUAGAUGGCCGAGCCACUCCAACAGAGAAUGCUGUGCCGCCACCGCGCAUUGAGAAGCCUCCUUCUGUUUUGCCUUUCUUCAACCGCCCUCCUUCUGCACUUCCUCUCAUGGGGCUGCCACCUCCACCAAUACCACCCCCUCCGCCACUGUCCUCAAGUUUUGGGGUUCCACCUCCCCCACCAGGAAUCCACUACCAACACCUAAUGCCCCCUCCCCCUCGACUUCCCCCCCACCUUACUGUGCCACCCCCGGGGGCAGUGCCACCUGCGCUGCACCUCAAUCCAGCCUUCUUCCCCCCACCAAAUGCAGCGAUGGGGCCUCCGCCAGAUGCCUACAACAAGGCCUCUGCACCGUAUAACCACAGCAGCCGGGAGUUGGGCCCAUUACCACCCCCUGUCAGUGAAGCUGAAUUUGAAGAUAUCAUGAACAGGAAUCGAGCAAUUUCCAGCAGUGCCAUUUCCAAAGCUGUGUCUGGUGCCAGUGCAGGGGAUUACAGCGAUGCCAUUGAGACCCUGCUUACAGCCAUUGCUGUGAUUAAACAGUCACGUGUAGCGAAUGAUGAGCGGUGUAGAGUCCUUAUCUCUUCCCUCAAGGAUUGUCUUCAUGGCAUUGAAGCCAAGUCUUACAGCAUGGGCACCGGCAGCAGCAGCAGCAGUUCCUCCAGAAAAAGACACCGGUCUCGGGAUAGAUCACCCAGUCGAUCCCGUGAGAGCAGUAGGAGGCACCGUGAAGUGGUCCAUAAUGAAGAUCGGCAUGAGGACUACUUCCAGGAAAGAAGCCGAGAGCAUGAGAGACACAGAGACAGGGACAGAGAAAGAGACCGGCAUCACUGAGAGAGGAGUGUUGGAAGCAUUCAGUGUUUUUAUGGACUCGUAUCUCCUCUCCUUAAUCAAGACUCAAGGAUGGAGGCUCCUCCACCCUCUCCUUCCCACUGCCCUCUGCUCUUUCCAGACCCCUUGGAAGUAACUUUGCCUGCAGAACUCCAUCUGGCACACUGUAGCAUUGGGACCUGAGCUCUGCCUGCGUGUGCUGCUGCUUGAUGGAGAAACACUGAAUGACUUGGAGUUUAAGAGGGGUUGUCUGAGCCACUGUGACCAGGGGGCCACUUCAAUCCAUGGAUCUUGGACCCAAAGAGAAUGGUGCUUUCCACAGAGGUCUGCCACCUCUUUCCUUUCCAUGGCUUUUCUAGGAGCACCUUGGGAAGAACCCAUCCGACUUGUCUCCUGUAGAAAGAACUGGUUCUUCAGCACAGCACAAGGUGUCUGACCAUUGUCUCACUGGAGCUCACGUCCAUGGUCCAUAUUGCAUUGUCUUCUCAGGCAUCAAGGCAUCCAGUCCUCCUUAAACCUGAUCCUUUUUCCAAAGCAGCUUCAAGCUUGCCCUCUAGCAACACUGUACACAGCUUAGAAAACAGUAGUCCCCCACCCACCCCUUGGAUGGAGGGCAGGCUGGCUGCUGCUUCCAGUUACCCUUCUCCUCCUCUACCACCCUUACUUGGUUCCUGAAAACUAUCAUAUCCAUUCUCCCUGGCUUCUUCUAGAGGGGCCUGUGUUGGUCAACUUGCUCAUAACAUGGAGUCUCCUUUAAGAAAUAGCUCUGGCUCUGGCUACUGCAGGUACCCUCUCUACAUGUGAUUUGCUAACAAAUUCCUUGCUUUGUUUCAUGCAAUAGCUGCUCCAAUAGUAACUUCUUACCUAUACCUUUGUUUCAAGAGCCUGCCCCUUCCCAGACUGCCACUUUCCUUGUUGUAGAGGAAGUGCUGUGAAUGGAGACCUGUUGCAGUAGCAUGGAAUGGGGGCAAAGUCAAGCUGGGGCUAUCUGGAAGUUACUGUUUGCAGUACACCCUAAGCAUUUUUAAAAAAAUUCUAAGUGAUGUACAUGUUGAUUUAAGGUCCAGAAUGUUCCUUGCCCCCAGCCUCAUUUUAUAUUGAGUUCACUUUGGAGUGAUUCACUCACAAGUUUGCUUCGGAUGGCACCAUACCUCACGGAUCUUUGGCAUGCCUGUCUAGGGAAACAAUUAGAGGCAGUGAAAAAGCCUCACUUCACAACAACCACGUUUAACUGUGUUGUGUAAACAUAAACUAGGGUUUCUGGAGCCACUCAGUCUUCCAGCUCACAACCCCUUCAGGCCAGUGGCAUCAAAGUCAACAUAAGGACCAUUAUGGGACAGGAGUGGCUGCAGAGUUCUUGAUUAAAUGGUCAUCUUUGCGAUAUAACUCCUUUGGGAUGUGCAUUUUCAGCUUUCAGUGCGCCAUCCUAGCCUGAGCACCCUAGUUAAUUAAAAUCAAGACAACACACUAUACCCUGGAAUAUGUAGUCUCCAGCCCCUGGAUCUCUUUAAUAAGGCCAAGCAUCUAUUACAUUCAUGAACACUUAAUGUGACUGUCCAGCUGCAUGGUGAAGUCCCCCUCAUAGAAGGAUUCUGUCCUGUCUCACAGAACAGUGGUGUGGCCUAAAGAGGAUGGAUGGUUUCUAGGCAAAGGAUGUCACCAUGUGAUGCGGUACCUCUUUUUGUACUGUUGAUCAAAGAGGUGCUCAGCUCUAAAUGUUGUUUUUUUUUUAAAGAGGAAAAACGUUAUGUAAACAAAUGGAGAAACAGCUUAAACUGUAAAGUAUAAACAUAAAUUGGAAACGUUGCUUUUUACAUAAUGGGACAUUUUUAGUUUGUUUUGAAAUAAUGAAAGUAAAAAUAAAUAAAAAAAGAAAGAAACGAAUGGACGACAGAAAAAUAGCCUUGGUUCCCCUCAACUCUCCCACCCCUGUUCUUUGUGAUUUGAUUUGUUUUGUCUUUUUCUGAUAGGUUGGAAAUUGUGUAAUAAACUUGAUGAUAUUGUCAAUCUUUUAUACUGCA